AUGUCUUCACCAUCAAGCCGCAUAGCCGAGUUGGCAGCCACCAUUUCCCAUCAUACCACUCGAGUGGACAAGUUUCUUUCCGGCAAUAACCUUCCACAGCCAUCUUUUGAUACUCAUGGUCCGGUCGAUUUAGGCUUGCCUUCCGAAAUCGAAGAGUCACGUGUUGCCGUUCUGCAGGCAACUCAGGAACUGAAUGAUCUUCUCCAAGGUCCCAGGGAGCUGAUUUUCAAUCACCAGCACAAUAUUUUGGCACAUCUUAAACUAAUUUCUCGUUACGACAUUGCCCAUAAAGUCCCGGUGGACGGCGAGCGAACAUUCAAAGAUCUCGCAGCGGAAAUUGGUAUAGAUGAAGGGGCUCUUACACGCAUCCUUCGCAUGGGCAUCACGUACCGUGUAUUCCAAGAGCCUCGUCCUGGCGUUAUAAAACACUCAGCAGCGUCAAGACAGAUUGCAGAUGAUACUCGCGCAGCAGGAUGGGUUGCAGCAAAUGUUGACGAGAUGUGGCCGGCGGCUGAAAAGCUCGUGGAUGCUUUGGAAAAGUGGCCCGAGGCCGCCGAGCCAAACCACACUGGAUUCUCAUUGGGACACGAAACCGAGUUGUCUUUCUACCAAGCCUUGGCCAGUGAUCCGGAGCGAGCUCGUCGAUUUGGCGAAGGAAUGAGUUUCUUCACCACCGGCGACGGGUUUUCACUUCGCCACUUGACAGGUGGAUAUUCAUGGAGCUCAAUAGCACCAGGAACUGUUGUCGACAUGGGCGGCUCUCACGGCGAUGCAGCUUUUGCACUAGCGCGGAAAUAUCCCAAUCUCCAUCUAGUUGUGCAAGAUUUGCCCGAAGUUGUUGCAAACUCGAAAGAACAAGAAGGACUGAACGUCAAAUUCAUGGCACACAACUUUUUCGAAGAGCAACCAGUCAAAGACGCUGAUGUUUACUACUAUCGCUGGACCUUACACAACUGGUCUGACAAGUACUGUCUCAAAGCGCUAAGAGCGCUGAUACCAGCGUUGAAGAAGGGCGCGCGGCUAUUGAUCGUAGAUACAGUCAUGCCUCCUCCCGGAACUCUUCCCAAUAAUUUGGAACGAAAACUUAGGGGUAUCGAUCUGACCAUGUUGGAAAUUGGAAAUGCCAAAGAACGCAGCCUAGAUGAUUGGAAGACUCUGAUACAUGAUGCAGAUGCGAGAUUCAAAUUUUGUAAUAUGCAUCAUCCUCAGGGCUCGAAUUUGGCGAUUGUCGAAGUUAUAUGGGAUGAGUAG